AUGAAUUUAAACGCACCAGAUUUUGAAAUCAGUCAUGAUGAAAUGCAACAGAUGUUGAAAGAGUUAUUGGAUUAUGCGUUAGAAAAAUUAAAUGGCAAUACGCCUAAAGAAAAAUUGUCGGAUGAAUUGUUUAACAGAUUUAAAUCUAGAGAUGUGCAAUUUAAUGAAAUGUUAGGAAAGCUGCAGAAAGGAAUGCCUAACAAUGAGUUGUUAAAGGCUUUAGAAUAUGAAUUGAAGAAUAUGAGUUCUAGUAAGGAAGUAUUGAGAUAUGGACUGCCUAAGGAUGAAUUGCUAGAGCAUUUGAAUACCAAAGAAGAAUUUAGUUAUGAUGAUUUGAUUGAAGUGCUGAAUGAAUUGAAGACAAUAGAAUCUGGAAGGAAAUUACUCAAUGAAAUUCUGGAUGAGUUGAAGUAUAUAGAAGAUGCAAAAAUAUGGAUUAACUCAUUGUUAGAUAGAUUGAUAAAUAGAGAGUCAAGUGAUAGUUUUUUAAUUGAAUUAAUGAAGUUGAAAGCUAGAAAAGAUCUAUUUGAUGAGUUAAAGAAUGAUGUGAGUUAUGGAAACGAAUUGCUGAAUAGAGUGUUGAAUUUGAACGAGUCGUUGGGGAACACUGUAUCUAGAAAUACAUUUGUAUCUAAAUUGACGAGUCAAAUUAAAUUGAGAAAGGAGCUAUUGAAUGAAUUGCUAGAUACACUGGAGAAUAUGAGAUCUAAAGAUAUAGAAUUUAUGAAGGAAUUAUUAAACAAUCAGAAAUCUAAAAAAGAAAUAUCGAAUAAACUGAGGAAUAAAUUGUUAGAGGAGUUGAAUAAUGGAUUAGGCAAUGCUGAAUCUAUACAAACUUUGUUAAAUAGAUUGAACAAAGAGAAGUAUGAUGAAUUAUCAAACAUAAUCAAUGUUAUCAAUAUAAAAGACAAUGAAUUCACUAAUGAUACGAUUAAGAAUAUAGAAAAGUAG